AUGAGUGCUCAGGACCCGGCCACGACCUUGAAAGGAAAGUCAAAGCAAAAUCCCCGAAUAGAGAGAAUUCUGCAGGCUCUUGCGACCGUAGGAGAUUUGCUGGGACAACAAGUUCAGCAACGGUUGCCUAAUGCUGAGAAUGCAGCGGCAAAUGGAAAUGGGAAUGGAGAUCCCGAAGAGGCGGAAUCCUGGAUAGACGAGAUACAUAAAGCAUUUGAACUUCUGAGAUGUUCUGAAGAAGAAAAGGUGAUCUUGGCGACAUAUCAAUUGCAGGUUAACACCAAUCAUUGGUGGAAGGCGACGAAAGAAAUCGUGUUCCCAAGAAAUAUGGCUGUCAACUGGAAUGCCUUCGUCGAGGCAUUCAACGAAAAGUAUUUCUCCGAGUGUGCCCGUGACCAAAAAGUGAAGGAAUUCUUACAAUUCCAGCAGAACAACUUGACGGUGAACCAGUUUGAGGCAAAGUUCGCGCAAUUAUCAAGGUACGCCCCUAGACUUAUUGAAAAUCCAAUCGACAGGGCAAAGCGAUUCCGUGAUGGUCUCAAGCCUGACAUCCGGAGUCAGCUAGUACCAUUGAACCUGAAAGAUUAUAAUGAGUUAUAUGAACGAGCUCAACUGAUCGAAAAGGAUUCGCUGGAAAGGGCAAUGUCAGCAAGGCCCUAUUAUUUUGCUCCUCAGGCAACUCAACGCUCUGGCAAGAGAUCUUUCGUGAAAGGAAAGCGUCCCUUCGCCCCCAACAAAAAGCAAAGUUUCCCGAAGGUGACUAUUGUUUCUAGUGACACCCGUUCGUGUGUCCGGCCAAAAUUGAAAUGA